AUGGCUGAUUCUGCCAGUCACGGGGAAGAUGACGAUCCGGUGGAAUUAUUAUUGGCUCAACACCGGAAAGAAAAGAAGGCGCUUAAGGAAAAAGCACUGUCAAUGAAGAAAAUUGCGAAAUCAGGAAACAAGCAAAAACAAAAGGAAACGAACGCCGAAAUUGAAAGAUUGGAGCGCGAGUUGACCGCGCGUCAUGAACGAGAGCUAGCAGAACUGAAAUCACAGACUACGAACUGCUCCUCCUCUCCAGUUCGUCAGGCUCCGCUUGAAGAACCAGAAGUUGACACUGAUGAGUUGGAAACAGCAUUUUACAAACAAGUGACAGUGUCGACCAGAAAUAAGAAGAAACAGGCUAAGCAGGAAGAAGCAAUACGACGAAUGCAGGAGGCUGUAGCUCUAGACCGUCAGAACGCCGAGACAUCAUUGCGCGUCACGGAGAUGACAGCUAUACAGAAGAUCCUUGAUGAACGUGGUCUCAACAUUGUCGACAUAGCUCCAGAUGGUGAUUGCCUUUAUAAUGCGGUGGCUCACCAGCUAUCACGUGUUAGAGAAAAAAUAAUACGACAGCAGGUGACCGGCAAAGAUAUGCGACGAAAAGCAGCGAAAUAUAUACGGGAACACAAAGACGACUUCAUCCCAUUUUUAGUGAACGAGAGCGACGAUCCUCUGGACGAGUUCGAGUUCGAAAAAUACUGUCACGGAGUUGAAAACGAGAGCAAAGAUGGAGGUGUUUGGGGUGGGGAACCAGAGCUGAACGCCCUCAGCCAGAGCUUGGAACGGAGUAUAGAGUUGAUACAACCGAUUGGAUCGCCGGUGAUUUUCGGCGAGCAGUACAACAAAACCAAACCGCUAAUAAUAGUGUAUCACCGUCAUGCAUACCAACUAGGAGCUCAUUAUAAUUCAACGGCCGUAAGGACUGUUUCGUGA